AUGCAACCAGCCAGUGUACUUGACUUGUCAAGCUUACUAUUACCCAAGAAGGAGCAUUUGAAAGCCAUUGAGUUAGUUGGCUUCAUACAACAACUACAUGCAGAUAUUAAGAAGAAAAUAGAGGCCAGCAAUGCUAAGUACAAGGCACAAGCUGACAAGAAGAAAAGGCAAGUGAUUUUCAAGGAAGGUGAUCUAGGUGUUUUUGUGGUGGUGAGGUGGGCUAUUGCCAUGGGUCUAGGGUGGGUUGUUGCCGUGGGUCUGGGUUGGGUUUCUGGGGUGUUGCUGUGGGUCUAUAGGUACGAGGUGGUGGGGGUUUAUCGUGUUAGAAAUAUUGCAUCGGCUGGAUCUGAAAUCCGCGAUGUGAUGCAACCAUUCCCAAAUGAAGUUUUCGAUCUGGAUAGAUCUUUACAUAUUCUUGAUUUAACCCACAGUAAAAUAGUUGACAUACCUUUGGAUAUAAGCAAAUUAAUUAAAAUGCAGCACCUGAUCUCAGCGAAGAAUCUUGUCCAGCAACUACCUACAAACUUGGGGACACUUCACUGUCUAAAACUUAUAGCACUUGAUGGAAUUCAAAUGACCUCCUUGCCUGCUGAAAUAGGACAGCUCGUGAUGCUUGAGCGGUUAUCCAUCUCUGGAAAUUUGUUAACAUGCUUGCCUAAGACUAUUGGGAGCUUGCGCAAUUUAUUGCUUUUAGAUGUAUCAAAUAACAAGUUGAAGUCUCUUCCAGAAUCAAUUGGGAGUUGUUUCUCUCUUGAAGAAUUACAAGCAAAUGAUAAUCUCAUCGAAGAUCUACCUGCAUCAAUCUGCAAUCUCAUUCACUUAAAGUCACUUUGCUUGGACAAUAAUAACGUGAACCAGGACUUUGCCAGUCAAAAGGAGAGUUCAGCAAUUUUCUGA